AUGCAACUGUCGAGAAAGGAUGUCAACAGUGGUGCUAGUACCUCUUUCUGGUUCGAUAGAUGGUCGCCGCUGGGGAAUCUUAUUGAUCUAACAGAAGGAAGAGGAACAAUGGAGCUAGGUAUUCCUCUAAAUAGUACGGUGGAAAGGGCUAUUCAGCUGUAUUGGGUUAAAAGACAUAGAGUCUCUACUCUCCAGCUGAUAGAUCAGGAAGUGGUGAAGCUAAGAAACAGAGGGCUUAAUCAAAUGGAGGAUAUAUGUUUAUGGAAGAGGGAGAAUGGAGAGUACAGAGAAGGGUUUUCUACAUCACAAACUUGGAACAUUAUCAGAACUCAUUCACCAAAAGUCCCUUGGUAUAAAAGUGUUUGGUUUUCAGGAGCCACACCAAAGUUCUCCUUUCUAGUAUGGAUUGCUAUCCAUAACAGACUGGCGACGGGAGACAGAGUUCUCAGAUGGAAUCCGCAAGCUAUAUCCACUUGCUGGUUAUGUCAAAAGGCUACUGAAACUCGGCACCAUUUGUUUUUUGAUUGUGACUAUUCAAAAGAAGUGUGGUUGGGUACUAUAAAAAAUCUAGCAGGGAAUAGGAGAUUUCAUGAGUGGUCAAGUGUGGUUCAGGUUGUAGCAGAUGGACUUCACGGAAGAAGUAUGCAAACUUUCUUGCUCCGAUAUAGUUUUCAAGCUGUUGCUUAUGCUUUAUGGCAUGAAAGGAAUGUGAGAAGAGUUGGAGAACCCUCUCUACCGGCGGCCUGUCUGAUUACUAGGCUGGACAAGUUGAUCAGAAAUAGAAUUACUUCACUAAGAAGAAAGGAGGGAAGGAAGUAUGAGAAGGCAAUGGAGAGUUGGUUUGAUAGAGGUUAA